GCUGUCGUACACAUCUGGAGCCGCAUUUAACAUUAAGAAAACUCAACUUUGACAUGUGCUCUGAAAUGGGACUGUGAAAGAGUCAAAUUAUUGUACGGUAUCCAUAUGCGAGGGUUUAUUGUGGAGUUUUUUUGUCUGUAGUUAAUCGUUUUUAAAGUGAUCUCUUGGCGCUUUCCUUGGACUGACUACAUCACCAUGCGUAAACAUUGUAGGUCUGGGGGUUUCAUACGUCCUCAUAACCGAUAUGGUGUGUAACUUUUGUUAAGUCGAUACGACGAUUAAAGUAGUUCAUUUAAAUGGACAGUCAUUUCCUGCCCGAGGAUAUACGCCAUGAAGGACGGUAGGCUAGGUAGGGUAAUACCCUAAUUAGAUCAAUUGUCAGUGUAUGACCUAGAGUAGGCUAUUAUCCGUGUUUUACAUGUAGCUACCAUCGUUUUUUAAACAAGUGAAUUAUCUCUUUAAAUGAAACUUGACUUAUGCUUUUUCGAUGAUGACAUGAUCAAUGAGGUGGGCUUAAUUUGUGGACAUCAAAUAACUGAAAAGCGGCACGUGAUUUGGUAUAAGAUUUUCUUAUUUCGCCCAUUGUACGUUGCUUCUUUGGAAGGAAAGUUUGGGUAUGGCAUGCAAGCGCAUAGCUCCAUACUGAAGUGUUUAAGUUAGUCUGAAGGGAAAUUUUAAAUACCUAAAAAUACAGCGUUGGUUUCUUCCCUACAAAGAGUCAUUUGAACUUCCCACCGCAGAGCGAGAGCGACAUAAAUAGUUCUGACAUGUGGAUGUAAUUUCAGAAGAGGAAGAAAAAACACAGAUGUUCAGAAAUAAAGAGAACAGGCUUAGUUUGAACGUAUUGUAACGUCCAGAUAAAAGAGGCAGAGAUUAAAAAUAGUUAUGAUUUUUCGAGCCAUUAUCACAGUCAAGAGGACAGAUGGAGUAUAAAGAUGAAAUACUUCAUCCAGACUGUUAAGUAGGUUAUUUGCAUCGGAACUGUGCAUCCAUCUUAGUAAACCUGCUUUUUGAAAGGACACUUGGUGGUCCCAGAGUUUUCUCAGUUAGGGAUGGGACCCUUUUUUGAGUCCAAUAAUUUGGGCUUUCUUCUCGUAUCGCUCCUCGGCUGUGCUUUUCUGGUAUACGCCGACGAUGUUCUCACCAAAGAAGAACAAAUUGGCCUGUUGUUCAAAGCAAAAGGGAAAUGUGAGGGUGCCAUUAAGUCCAAAUACAGUAUUCCUGAUAGUUUCUGCUCACCGGAAUGGGAUGGUAUUGUUUGUUGGCCAGAGGGGGCUCCAGGGAAGCUGGUGUCCACUUCAUGUCCUGAGUACAUCUAUGACUUCAACCAUAAAGGCCUAGCAUAUCGUCGCUGUGACAACAACGGAACGUGGGAGAUCACAACCAGCAACAACAAGACCUGGGCCAAUUACAGUGAAUGUGCAAAAUUCCUCUCCAACUACAAGAACGAUGAGAAGGAAGUCUUUGACCGGCUGUAUCUCAUUUAUACGGUGGGCUACUCCAUCUCUCUGGGAUCACUUAUGGUGGCUGUAGUAAUCUUGGGAUAUUUCCGGCGGUUGCAUUGCACCAGGAACUACAUCCACAUGCACCUGUUUGUGUCCUUCAUGCUGCGGGCCAUCAGUAUCUUUGUGAAAGACGUGGUCUUGUAUUCUGGCUCGGUCUUGGAGGACAUGGAGCGCGUCAGUGUGGAAGAUCUCAAGUCCAUCACUGAAGCACCUCCAGCCAAUAAAACCCAGUUUAUUGGCUGCAAGGUGGCUGUGACCUUGUUCUUGUACUUCCUGGCCACUAACUACUACUGGAUCCUGGUGGAAGGCCUUUAUCUUCACAGUCUCAUCUUCAUGACCUUCUUCUCUGACAGGAAGUAUCUUUGGGGAUUUACUAUGAUUGGUUGGGGAGUUCCAGCUAUGUUUGUGACAGUUUGGGCAAGUGUUCGAGCCACCUUGGCAGACACAGAGUGUUGGGACCUAAGUGCUGGCAAUUUGAAAUGGAUAGUUCAGAUACCCAUCUUGACUGCCAUCGUUGUGAAUUUUCUGCUGUUCCUAAAUAUAAUCAGAGUUCUGGCAACCAAGCUAAGAGAAACCAAUGCCGGCAGAUGUGACACACGACAGCAGUACAGGAAACUGUUGAAGUCAACCUUGGUGCUGACGCCUCUGUUUGGGGUCCACUACAUUGUGUUCAUGGCCAUGCCGUACACAGAAGUUACCGGGGUUCCUUGGCAGAUACAGAUGCACUACGAGAUGCUUUUCAACUCUUUCCAGGGAUUCUUUGUUGCAAUUAUAUAUUGCUUCUGUAAUGGCGAGGUGCAAGCAGAGAUCAAGAAGUCCUGGAGUAGGAGGACGCUAGCCCUGGACUUUAAGAGGAAAGCUCGGAGUGGCAGUAACACAUACAGCUACGGACCCAUGGUGUCACACACCAGCGUGACCAAUGUCACCGCUCGCGGACCGCUGGCCCUGCACCUCACCACGCGACUGGGGCCCGUCACCGUUAACGGCCACCGGAACCUACCGGGCUACGUGAAGAACGGCUCUGUGUCGGAGAACUCAAUCCCUUCCUCGGGGCAGGAGUUGCACGUCCCCGAAGAGGAGCCGUCCAACGUCACACAGCGCUCCUGCGACGAGGAGAAACCCUCGCCCGUGGUGGAGGAAGAGAGGGAAACGGUCAUGUGACCGCGCCUGUUUAAACUCGCCACCAGGAAGGCACGUCGGCUGAGUCAUGAAACAGCACGGAGCAGUCGAGCAUCUCAGGAUGUUGUGUGGGGAUGACUGUGUUCACACUGCCAGUUAUUCUCCUGUGAAUCAAGCCAGGACUUGCAGGAUGGGAUGAGGCUAGGCUCAAGGGUGUAUCGAUGUGUGAGGCGGUUCACCGAUACAAUCACCUUCUCCAUUCUUGCAGAGACUCUGCUCUGACACAGAUCAACUGUUGGCUGAGAACAGAAUGGAGCAAUUUCAUGGCUGUUUCUCAUUGACGUUAUUGUGUCACUGGUAGGAUGAAUACAAUCUUGUAGCUCCUUUAGUUUUCAUCGUCAAGUAUUUUUACUACUCUGCUCGUGGAAUUAGAAUCACAUUGUCUGUUCUUCGUAGUUCCAACACCUUACAGUAUAUAAAGCUCAAUCUCAGAUAUUGUAGAUUUGCUCUUUUGUAUAUAUAUAUAUAUCUAUAUAUAUCUAUAUAGAUAUAUAGAUAUACUCUCGCUUACCUUUACAGAGAGAAGCAGCAGGCUUGCAGGGUUCAGGUUCAUUGUUAGCAUUUGUUAGAUAGUGAGUACAUCACUGUAUAUGCAGGUGAGAAGAACACUUAAUCUUUUCUAAAGUAUUGGAAUCAUGUACUCCUAGGUCAUGGAAUAUUUCUCUAUAGUCUCAUACAGGACAGAACUCACUGGUUUGAAUUUGUCGUAAACCAAAUCCACUUCAAUGUAAAAGGGAACAUGACUCAGGGAACCUAGAUCUGCCAUUACUGUGUAUCAGUUUUAGGUACUCUGCACAGUACUGUAGUUUCAGAACAGUGUAAGUGUUAAAGCCCAUGGGGCAAUACGAGGAAAGGUGGCGUUUCUUGAGAAUUCCUGGUAUUCUUACUAACCAAGUAUUGACCAGUAUUUAACAAUGUGUUGCCAAUGGGAGUUUAUUCCACAGUGUUUUAAUGAUCCAUGAUAGUAUUUUGUGAUUCUUUUUUAUAAUGAUGACUAAUGAGAAUAUGUCAUUCUUUAGAGACUGGCAGUAUGUUGGAGACAGGUGUAGUGUUUGACAUCAUAGAAUUGUAGCAGUUUUUCCCUGAAGGUUUGUUGGAGGGAGACUCCCCUCAGAAAGGCAGGGGCGCGGGAAACGGUCCUAUUUUCCACAGAAUGUUAAUUAAAUGAGGAACUCAAUGGAAAUCUCAAAUUCCCUUGGAAUUCCAAAGGAGAAAUCUGGUUUGGAAUGAAGGAACACUAGAACCGAAUAACACACACGUUUUAUAUGGUCCAGUGUUAUGCUGCUUUUUGUAUAUAAUGUAUGUACACAUGUAGAAGUCACAAUGUUUACAAAUCAUAAAUCCAUUUUAAUUGUGAGCUAAAAUUUGUUUCAUAAAUAUGUAAUCAUAUUAAAAUCUUGUGUACAGAUAAAGCGAUAUAUACGGUGGCCCACGGGUACACAACAACAUUAGCGAAGCAAACAAAAGUUGAAAAUCAAUUACAU